AUGACGCCAGUGGGAUCUGGUCUGAGCCCGGAAAACGCGGCAGCCAACCACGCAACAUAUGAUCAGUCCAGUCCUGCUCUAAGAGAGGCGCCGGGAACCGGCGACGAGGAACAGCUCCGAGAAAAACUGCACCGGGAUGAGCGAUUCCGAGAGGAGCAGGAGCGGAUGCAGGGCCUGAGUCAGUCGGCCGCGGAAGCCGAGUCUGUGGGACUGCUCCCGGGCGCGGCCUCGAGCUUCGCCUCGGCCAGCCUGGGUUCGAGCAGUUUCGGCUCGGCCACUGAAGGAUCCUCUGUCCAGGGUUCUUUGGCCACAACGUCCUCGGUCCAGGGGUCCUUAGCCCCAGGGUCCUCGGUCCAAGGGUCCGGGUCAUUGGUACAAGGGUCUGUGGUGCGAGGAGGCACUUCAACAUUAUACAAUUCAUUGACCGACAGCCAGUGGCCCGUGGCCGAAAGUGUGGGCGAGAGCCUGGGCGCAGUCGAGAACCUUGGUACCGUCUCGGUGACGGAACCGGUGGCAGAGUUUCACGACGUGGCGGAGUCGCCCGCACAGUUGCGUUUUGCCAGCGAUGUACAGGACGAAGGAAUGGGACAGGCGGAGUCCUCGGAGCCGGCUGGGGCGAAGGUGGGAGAGUUUUACACAGUGCCUUCAUUCCGGCAACAUAUGAAGGAGGGGCUAACGACACGGUCACGCGAGAUGCUGGACCGCAUAUUCGGGGCCUCACUCGAGGACGCCACUUUGGAUUUUGUGACCUUCGAGCAAACGGUCGUGAGCCAGGUUUGGGGAUUGAGUAACUACAUGUCGUGUUGUUUGUACUCCAUGAUCAAAGGCAUCAGCCUGACGGAGAUCAGCGAGACGGUGCACGCAAUUACGGCGGCCGUGGACGUCCAUGUGGCCUCGGGCUACCUAGUGCGCCGUUCCGAACUCGAGAAGUUUUGGGUUGAAAACCAACUCUCACUCUCCGAAGGUUAUGUCUGGAACCUCUUCGCCGUCAUCCGGGCCGCAAGCCGUAAGUCCCGACCCGAUGGGUCUGGUCAGGCCGUCACGGACGUCACGGACGAGGGUGGCAGCCAAGGGCAGGUCAGUCAGACCGAGGACGGCGCAGGAGGCAGCGGCGCAGGAGGUAGCGUUGAGAAAUCAAAUAGUGUGUCGAAGAGUGCGUCAUUGCUGAGUUACUUUGAGGACGAGGAGGUGGUCAACAUCAAGGACUUUUACCCUUUCUUGUGUGAAUUGGUCUUGCGGCAUAAACCGGUUGAGUUUCUGAGGACGUACACGGAGUUCCAGAAGCGGUUGUGCGACACGACCUCGUAUAAACUGGCGUUCGAUUUAUGGGGGAGUGUGGAUGGUGACAUCACGUAUACACGAUUCGGCGCGUCGUGUUUGGCUGACACUUGGUAUUAUAUUUCAUCUUCACAGCAUGAGAUGUCCCAAGUGCGCGAUUUCUUCAGCUAUGAACAGUUCUACGUAGUCUACUGUUUGUUUUACGCACUCGACGCAGACAAAGAUGGCACUAUCGAUCGACAAGACUUGAUCAAGUACAACAGCUACGCAUAUAGCGACCUCGUCAUAAAUCGAAUUACACAAGAGUCAGGUCCCGAGUAUUUCGACUCCCAUGGACGAAUGAAUUUCAACGGCUUCCUUAAAUUCGUACUCAUCGAUGAAGACAAAACCACCGACCAAGCCAUCGAAUACUGGUUCCGCAUCGUCGAUCUCGACGGCGACGGAUACAUCCGCCAAUAUGAAAUUGACAACUUCUAUCAAGAUCAACAAGCCAGACUCACCUCCAGGUCACUUGACGCGCCUUCUGUUGACGUUAUCCACUCACAAAUCUCUGAUAUGAUUCGGCCGCAGGUACCCUUUGCUAUCACUGUCCGAGAUAUAAAGAAACAGCGUAGACACGCUCCCCUAUUCUUUAAUUCCCUUCUCAACAUGACUAAAUUCGUCUUGUGGGAACAUCGAGACCCCUUUAUUUCAAAAGCGGAGAUUCUAGACUAUCCUUUGUAUACAGACUGGGAACGAUGGUGUCGAUUAGAGUAUGACCGCAUCGCAGGUGAGGAAGCCCAGAACGGCGGCGACGCGGCCUCCGGCGGGAGCGACGUGAUUUAUUAG